AUGGUCGGGAACGUCGAUCGAGACGUCAAUUCAUUGGGAAUCCGCCUCUACGCCAAUCGCAAAACCGAGACCAGAAUGGUUGUGUCAGAGAGGCAACGGAACAAUAUAUCGUCCAAUAUCUACGAGCUUCGGCCGGAGCCCACAACAUUGGGAGGUGCCAUUGGCAUCCCUUCAAACGGAACACGGCUUCUACAUAGGCUUGGUGUAUAUGACGAGCUCCUGACCCGUGGCAGUAGCUGUUCAAAUGUGGUCAUGCAUUCAGAACGCGGGACCGUCUUGGGGGAAACGGAUGUCGUUGGCGCAGCAAAGGAAGCAACCGGUUUUGGGUACAUGCGCAUCAAGCGAACUGAUCUACUAGACGUGUUCCUCAAAGAAGUCGAUAAUGCAGGUAUACCUGUACGUUACAACAAGCGACUGGUCUCUAUCUCUAAUCAAGAUGACGGAGUCAAGGCGACAUUCUCUGAUGGGACAGUCGACACAGCUGAUCUCUUGCUUGGUUGUGACGGUAUCCACUCAGCCGUGCGCCGACUUUAUGUUGAUCCAACCGUGAGGGCGAACUACACCGGUCUGGCUGGCAUAGGAUCAAUUAUACCAGUUUCAGUUCUCGGCGAAGAAGCAGCACCUCAAUUGCGCGGCAUGCAUAUCACUAUGAUGCAGGAAGGCAUGGUGUCUGCCAUGAGCUGUUCUGCGAACGACGACGAGAUAUACUGGGGCUUUCAGCGUGAAUUGGCCUUGCCUAAUGGCGAAAACGACCGUGAUGGAUGGGAGAUCCGCCGAGAGCAGGAAGUUUCCGGGUUCAGAGAGCUCCUACAUGGUGUACUCAAGGGCGCAGGAGACCAAUGGGGUGAUAUGCUCCGUGGCCUUGUCGACCAGACGUCGGUGGUCAAGUUCUAUCCUAUCUUCAAAUUACCAAGCGGAGGAACGUGGCACAAAAAGCGCGUUCUUCUGUUGGGUGAUGCUGCACACGCAAUGCCGCCGCACGCAGGACAGGGCGUUAGUAUGGCUUUGGAGGAUGCGUUUCUGCUGUCGAGACUACUGGGUCGAAAGCAAGCCUGGAGGCGGGGGGAAGAUGACGUGAACGAAGUGUAUGAGACGUACGACAGAAUCAGGCGACCCCGCAUCGACGAGCUCGCUGCGAGAUCGUCAGGGAACGCGGCGCUGAGGAAGAAGACUGGGCGCUUGGGCUUGAUGCUGAAGGAGUUUGGGAUAUGGAUGUUUCUCCACGGUUCGUGGGCGCUCGGGAUGGACAAAUGGGGCAGUGAGAUGAAGCAGAUGGUGUAUGAUAUUGAGGAGGUUGAGAUUUGA